AUGGCUUCCAAGAAGCUUUUCCGCAAGCAUGCUCUCGGCCUUAUCGAAGUAGCCCUGAAGUGGCUUUCGGCGACAAGCAACGUCUCGAAAGCGGAGGUUGACGAGAUCAAAGAAACGUUUGAGGAGGUCAAGAAGGCGGCUGCGCGCGACAGCAAGCUACCUGGAGUAGCUAUAAGCGACCUGACGCUGAAGGAGGUCAAGAGUAUUUUCCGUAUUAAGAAGUUGACUCCGAAGAACGAGCAACCAGGUGAUAAGUGGGAUUUAGAGCCUUACGACGACGUGAUCGACAUCCAAUAUCCCGAUGACUUUUCGGAGUUUUUUAUAUUCCUCAACAAGGCCCUUGACUACCUCGAACUGGCCCAUGAGGGCUCCACAAAGGCUGAAGCGCUAGUACGCGCACGGCUCGACGUCAUUCUCGGCUUGGUGCUGGGGUUCGCUAAGCAAGAUGGUAAGAUCAUAGGAAAUUCGGUCUCGUGGGGUUACGAAACCCCAUUCUGGAAAACGGUCUACAUAAGGUUCCGGCAGAGGUUGCUGCGUGGUCGGCCGGACUAUGCACUGUGGUAUGGAGCGCAGGCGAACCUCGAGACCAACCUGGUUAUUGUGGAAGCGAAGACCCGGGAAGAGCUGGGGAAGGGUGAACGGCAGUUACUGGGAUAUAUGGGCCUCGUUCACACCGGCCGUAUAGAGCGGGGGAAGGCGGAUACAACAGUCUACGGGAUCGCUACGGAUAGCGAGACCUUCAACUUCUACCGUAUCAACCAGAGGAGCAAGUGGUGUUCCAAGGCCCUGACCUGGGGAUACACCGACGAGGAGAACAGGGACAUAGUUCGCCUGCUCCUUAGGAUCAUGUACCUCGCGUCACGUCAAAGCCCGACUCAUACCCGUGAGCCUACCUCCCACCACCGUCAAUUUAGUAGCUCGGCCGGUGAGGAUGCUCCUAUGGCAGACUGA